AUGAAGCUGGAAGUGCAAUGGAAGAAGUUGGUCAAACCAUCAGUGCCGACGCCGAACAACCGGCAAAAAUUGAAGUUAACAUCACUGGAUCAUCUUCAAAUGCCAAUUUACAUUGGCGUUAUGUUCUACUAUAGAGAUAAUGCUGAGAACCCAGGAGUUGAUAUUUCUCAAAGGCUUCUCCAAAUGGAGGAGUCACUUUCUGAAACCCUAACACUCUUUUAUCCUAUGGCAGGGAGAUAUAUUGAGGAUGAUGGUUGUUUUAUUGACUGUAACGACCUUGGAGUUGAGUUUAUCCACGCCAAAGUGGAUGGCCAGAUUGAUAAGCUUCUCCAUGGAGACCCCGACAUUGAUUUGCUCCAACGUUUGUCGAAGUACCCGACCGAUGUAGCUGGCAAUCCGUUAAUUGUGAUCCAAGUGAAUACGUUCGAGUGUGGCGGAUUAGCGAUUAGCAUGCGCUUUACACACAAGAUCGGCGACAUGUACACCAUGGCCAUGUUCAUCAAUUCGUGGGCUACCGCUUGCCGAGGUAAUGCAGACGCCAUGGUCUGUCCUAGUUUCGAGUUGUCAUCUCUAUUCCCAGUAAAAGAGUUGGCGGUUCCGAUUUUGAGUCCACGACGUAUUGGCAACAAGGAACUCAUCACGAGCAGGUUGAGGUUCAACGCCGAUGCUUUAUCGAAGCUGAAAGCCUUAGCUAGGGACAAUGCAAAGGACUCGAUGGCCAACGAUUCCCAACCUUCAAGGGUGGAGGUUGUUUCGGCACUAAUAGGACUUAUGGAAGGACAGAGUGAUAGAAGGCCUCCAUACUUUGAUGGACAGGACUACAACAUCUGGAAGAAUAAGAUGAAAGCAUUCAUUAGAUCCAAAGAUCUCUUGGAGUGGGAUGUAGUUUUGAAGGGUGUUAAGCUUGAAGCCUCUUCCUCCAAAAAGGACAUGGACAACAAAAAGCCGAAAGUCGAAACCAUGUAUGAGACAUAA